AUGGGUUGCGUAAGUUCUAGGCAUAGGCCUUUUAGAAGAAAAUCAACACUGAAAGAGUCAUCUGAGAAACGUUCCUCUCGGAUCGAUUCGUCGAGGAUAGAUGAUUGGAUCCAACCAGAAGGUGGGUUUGGUAGAUCAAGUCGCAGGGGAGAUAGGUUGAUUGAAUCUGAAAUGUUUAGUUCCAAUAGGUUUUAUGAUCAUCAGAUUGGGAAGAUACUGGAGAAUCCUGAGAUUGUUGAUCAUAUGGAUCAUGAAGUUGUUUAUGAUCAGGAAUUGAGAAGGGCCUCGAGCGUUGUUGUAAAACCGGAUUUGGAGAUUGAUCCUAAGAGUUUCAAACCUAAGCUAGAUAGAUGGAAUAGCAGAGAUUCCAACAAAGUUGGGUUGAUUGAAUCCGAAAAGUUGAGUUCCAGAAGGUUUAUUGAGAAGGAACCUGAGAUGCAUGGAAUUGAAGCUCCGGUUCCUCGGGAAUUGAAGAAGAAUCCGAGUGUUGUUGCUCCACAGGACAAAGAGUUGAAGCUAGUAUCAGCAGGAUGGCCGACUUGGCUAGUCUCGGUUGCUGGUGAAGCACUGGUGGAUUGGGCUCCUCGUCGAGCAAGUACUUUUGAAAAACUGGAGAAAAUUGGCCAAGGAACAUAUAGCAGCGUCUACAGAGCUCUUGAUCUUAUUCAUAACAAGAUUGUUGCGCUUAAAAAAGUUCGGUUUGAUCUUAACGAUAUAGAAAGUGUCAAGUUUAUGGCGAGAGAGAUCAUAGUAAUGCGACGGCUUGAUCAUCCCAAUGUCCUGAAACUGGAAGGAUUGAUCACUGCACCUGUUUCAUCAUCCCUCUACUUAGUUUUCGAAUACAUGGAUCAUGAUCUCCUAGGACUUUCUUCGCUACCUGGCGUCAAGUUUUCUGAGCCUCAGGUUAAAUGUUACAUGCAACAACUUCUAAGUGGGCUUGAACAUUGUCACAGCCGUGGUGUUCUUCAUCGGGAUAUAAAGGGCUCAAAUCUACUGAUUGAUAGUAAUGGAGUCUUGAAGAUAGCAGAUUUUGGGUUAGCCACAUUUUUUGAUCCUGCAAAGACUGUGCCGUUGACUAGCCAUGUUGUCACUCUUUGGUACCGACCACCAGAACUUUUGCUUGGAGCCACUCAUUACGGUGUUGGGGUCGAUCUAUGGAGCACAGGUUGUAUCUUAGGUGAAUUAUAUGCCGGUAAACCGAUCCUACCUGGAAAAACCGAGGUAGAACAAUUGCAUAAAAUCUUCAGGUUAUGCGGUUCACCAACAGAAAAUUACUGGAGAAAAUAUAAGUUACCGUCUUCAGCUGGAUUUAAAACCGCGAUUCCUUAUAGACGAAAAGUAUCGGAGAUGUUUAAGGACUUUCCCGCGAGUGUUCUUUCGCUUUUAGAGACUUUACUCUCCAUAGAUCCUGAUCACCGGAGCUCUGCCGAUAAUGCCCUUGAGAGUGAGUACUUCAAAACCAAGCCGUUUGCUUGCGAUCCAUCUUAUCUACCAAAAUAUCCUCCUAGUAAAGAGAUUGAUGCUAAAAUGCGCGAUGACGCGAAAAGGCUCCGACCCGUGAGGGUGGAGAAACAAGAAAGGCAAGACUCUCGGCCGAGAAGAUCACACGAGCGAAAAUUUGUCCCACCGAUCAAUACAAAUCACUCUCUAUCAAUGACAAUGGAGAAACCAUACCUUGAUUUGAAGAGCAGAAACGAUAGUUUCAAGUCGUUUAAGGAGGAGAGGAUUUCUCAUGGACAAGUCCCUGAUUAUCGAAAUGUGCACUCCAGAAACAUUCAAACUGGUGGGAGAGUUUCACACUCAGGUCCAUUGAUGAGCAACCGGAAUAUGGUUAAAUCAACAAUGUAUGUGAAGGAGAAUGCACCUCCUCCUAGAUACCUUCAACCUAGAGUAAAUCAAAAGAUGUUAUCGGGCUCGGUCUCCUCCAAAACAUUAUUAGAUCGACAAGAUCAACCGGUAAUGAAUCAUCGAAGAAGGGAUCGACGAGCAUAUAACAGAGCUGAUACUAUGGAUAGUAGACUUGUGACAACACCAAUUGACCCAUCUUGGUAUAAUCCUAGUGAUAGCAAGAUUUACAUGUCGGGACGAUUGUUGGCUCAGCCAAGCAAAGUGGAUCAGAUGCUUGAAGAACAUGAUAGACAGCUUCAAGAGCUUACUAGACAAGCACAGAAGAAACGAGAGAAGGCAAAACUGGCAAAUGAUAGAGCAAAUCACUGA